UUUAGAGCCCAAGCACGGACAGAAAUAUCGUCUGAUUGAUAUAACUUUUUUGAUAGUUCGCCCAAACAUUGAUGAUAUUCUUGGCAUAAUUAUUUCAAAUGGUUGUUUCACAACGAUUUGAUGACUAUAGUAAGCAUAAGUUUUGUUUGAAUCAACAAUUUUGAAUACCAACCAUAAUACAAUUAAACCAAGCAUAUAUGUCAUUACUUUGGAUGCUAUAUACUCAGCCACAAGGAUUCAUCAUGGCGGCGUCAAUUGAAAGUAUCGACAACGAUGUUCUCCAAGGUUGUGCUAAUUGUGUAAACGUUUCUCUAAUAUGGAAUUUUAGUGCAAUAUGUAUAUUUUAUUAUGUGAAUUAGGAAACGCCAGCAUUGUAGAAACGGUAGGUGAGAUGGUGAGAUAAAGUUAAAGUUAAUCGUUUACAUCGAAUUUUAAUUUUUCAUUCCCAAAAUGAAUUCAAGUUUUGCCCCAAUUUGUUUUCAAAUACCUAUCGGAUCCAAGCACAACUAGAAGAAAACUUACUUUCAUCAAACAGUUGACAUUCAGGCUUCAUACACAUCAGUCGAGUGUGAGCCUAGUGAAAGCAUUUUCAUUUUUAAAGCUGAUCGGAUUCGUCCGAAAAGCUUAAAACAGAUUGUUUCGUGAAUACGACGAGUAUCUGCCUGCCGAUAUGUCCGGGUUUCGCAAAAACUCCUUCGUAAUUGACCUUAGCGUCAUGCCAGUCAGACCGAAGCUGAGCGUAGUGCAGGAUUUUGUGUUCUCCAAAAUGACGCUUGACAUGAAUCUGGUCAAAAAUCUGCAAACAAGCAUCUCCAAAUCACAGGUCAUAAUAGAAGUGGACUCCGCAGCAUCGGCGGAACAAAUCAUAGCCCAGCACAACCUAAAACACUCGCUCGAACACGACAACCAGAUGUACCCAAUUCCUGUUCACUCAGUCGAUAACGCUAUUGAGGUUAAGGUGUAUGAUCUUCCCCCUCAUAUGCCCAACAAUCUCAUAGCGUCGCACUUCUCGCAUUUCGGGAAGAUCAUUUCUGUUAGAAAUGAUGUAUGGAAGGACUACUUUCCGGGAGUCCCAAAUGGAGUGAGGAUAAUUCGCAUGGAGGUACUAAAACCGAUUCCGUCAUACGUUCCCGUGGCCGGUGAGCUGUCGUACGUCCUGUACAGCAAUCAGACAAAAACAUGCAGGCAUUGCGCUCAAAAGAUCCAUAUCGGAAAAUCCUGUUCGGCUGCCCGGAAAGAAGCUACCACAAAUGCUGAUGAGUUUCCAACCUUAGCGCAAAUUGUCAGCGGUGUCGCUGACGAUUCUGCAAACGAGAGCGAACAUGUUGUUGAACUGAUGGAUGACAGCGAAUCUUGUGAUGGAUCAAUAAUCAGCGAGGAAAUAAUCGAAGAAACGCCCAUGAUGGAGGUCCAGAAAGAAAAACGAAAACCCAAAUCGAAAUCAGAAGCUGCCGGAAACUCCACCCCUGAGCAAGCAAUUUCUCCUAAGCCCUCAACGUCAAAGAAAACCGCUGAUACCGAAUCAGAAUUCGACCCGCAGGGAGGUCGAAAACGUCCACUUUCCCCCAAACUAUCUGAACCCGAAAAUCAUCAACCACCACGCAGUUCCAAAACGCAACGUCAACUUUCCAAGUAAUGUUCAUCAAACUUUUCUCUAUGGAAAAAUCGCCCAAAACUUCUAUCAGCCGUACAUCCAAUUGAUUCUCCAAACGAACACCAUUCCAACGCUGGAGCAACGCUUUCCUCCAAAGGUAAAAGCAUUUAGUAUAUGUUUAGCCGAAGCCUCGCUCGAUACUGCCACCCUGAAACAGAUGUCAUUCUCAACAGAAUUCAAACCACCAAAAAGGACAUUACGUUACCGGGGACAACUCAUCGCAAUCGCACUUCCUUCCAAGCCAUCCGAAGUCAUCGCUGGAGCCCAAUCUGCUUGCGAAGGUAAAAAGCAUAGUAUAUGCCUAGUCGAAGCGCCCACCGAUACUGCCGUAUCUGUCAAGAAAUUUUCACCACCCACAGGCCCACUGUGCUCAUCACCAACAUCAUCGUGCACAAUCAGUAUCAUCCAACGUCAUCUCCUGAACGUCAUCAUAACUACGCUUUCUUUGGUAUCGUCAAUUGGUACACUUCGGUGGAUCACUAUGAAUAGACACAACGAUAUUUUUGUUUUUGUCAAGACUCAGGUGAGCGUAUCGUUAAACAAACAAUCGGGUAUUGUGGGCUCGGCACGUCAGUGUGACAUACACUGUCAUCCAGCUUAUUGCAAGAACUCAGAGACAGAGAACGCGAGUAGGAUAUUUGCUCUGUUUCGACCAGGCGAGCUAAGGUAUAGUGCAAAUUAGUGUCCCUGAUGGCAAACAUGGAUUUGAUAA